GCAAGGAAGGAGGGAGGGAGGGACGCGCGGAGGGUCUCCUGCAGCCAGCCCGGAGGAGCCAUCACCGCGGCGUCGAGCCAGGCGCGCCCGCCGCUUCCUGGAGCCGAGGAGCCUCGAGGGCGCCAUGCGGCGAUGCUCCCCGGGGUGGCGGCCCCGAUCCUGCCUCUAGCUCCAGGUGCGACCCCCUCCCUCCUCCAGCGACGCCGGAGAGACCCCCCCAGCCAGCCAUGUACGCCAAAGGGAAAGGAUCCGGCGUACCUUCCGACGGGCAGGCGCGAGAGAAGUUGGCGUUGUACGUUUAUGAAUACCUUCUUCACAUCGGGGCGCAGAAAUCCGCGCAGACGUUCCUCUCGGAGAUCCAGUGGGAAAAAAGCAUUACGCUCGGAGAACCGCCCGGAUUUCUGCACGCCUGGUGGUGUGUCUUCUGGGACCUGUACUGCGCCGCGCCCGACCGGAGGGAGACGUGCGAGCACUCGAGCGAAGCCAAGACCUUCCACGAUUACAGCUCCACGGCCGCCCCCAGUCCUGUGAUGGCGAAUGUGGCCCCCGGCGAUGGAAUGGCCCCCAGUCCGAUGAUGUCUGGGUUUUUCCAGGGACAUCCUGGCUCCCAGCCACCCCCCCAGGGCUCGCCACACCACCCCAGUGCCGCGAUGAUGGGGCUGCAAAGUCAGCCGUUCAUGUCUCCACGUUUCCCGGCUGGACUCCGGCCUUCGCUGCGGAUGCCUAGCCAGCCACCGGCGUGCGUGCCUGGCCCCCAGCCUCCAAUGUCCAACGCGAUGGACCCCGCGUCAUGGGUGCAAGGGCACCCCUCCGUGGGUCCGAUGCAGCGCAUGAGCCCCCCACGUGGCCUGACAGGGAUGGCCCCGCAGAGUUACGGUGCCAUGAUGAGACCGCCUCCUGGAUCCUUUGCAGGUCCUGGCAUGCCGCCGAUGAACACAGGUCCUGGAGUGCGAAGCCCCUGGCCAAACAUGAAUUCAAACUCGAUCCCGUAUUCCUCCUCGUCUCCAGGUGGCUACGGGGGCCCCCCUGGAGGUGGAGGCCCCCCCGGCACCCCGCUCCUGCCCAGCCCCGGAGACUCCACCAACUCCAGCGAAAGCAUGUACCUGAUGAAUCCCAUUGGACCCCCCGGAAGUCGGCUCAGCUUCUCCAUGGGGCUGAGCCCGGAAGGCGCGAUGCCCGGAAUGAAUGCCAUGGAGCCGCAACACAUGAACGGAUCCUUAGGUCCUGGUGAAAUGGAACCCAUGUCGAAGGCUUCUCCCAGCAGCCUGGCGCCUUUGAGCAACCCCCCUGGCACCCCUCGGAACGACGGCGAGAUGGGCGCCGGCUUCCUCAACCCGUUCCAGACCGAGAGCGCGAGGUCCUGCGUGGAGCGACGCCCGCGGCGGGGGCGAGGGUCCCGGGGUGCCCGUGGUCCGCGUGGGGGGCGGGGCGCCCCGUGGCCAGGCAGGACCGGCCCAGCCACCCCCAACGCCGAGAAUACCAUCUCGUACUGGAAACAGGGGCAGCUGUCUGAGUUGUGACCCCGGGGGGCCGCUGCCCCCCCCAUGUCUCUCGCCAUGGACCCCAAACGCUCCAGUGACAUCUUGUCUCCCUAGCACCCGCCCCCUUGGAUACGACC